AUGACGGAAGAACUUUCCGGUGUGACAAUCGUUAUUUUUAUUGCGGCUGGAGUACUAACAAUAUUAUUACUGUUUAUAUUUGCAAAACGACAAAUUAUGAGAUUUGCAUUACGAUCACGCCGUGGCCCUCAUAUCCCUAUCGGGCAUGAUGCACGAAAGUCACUGAAGAAAGAGAUUGAAAGACGAAUAGAAGUAAUACCAAGAAUUCAAUACGAGCCACAACUUAUUAGCGAUCCAAGAUUUAUUUUAACUCCUCGAGGACAGGUUUCACCUCAUUACUACAGAUUAAAAGCUGUAGAUGAUGUUAAGACCUUGGAAGCUGAAAUUACUAAAUAUGAUAAUUGCUUAAAAAGACAUCCAUCUGAAAAUUUACGUGCAUAUUUACUUGCCAUAUUGGCAACGCCAUUAAAUGGAAGUGGACAACGAUUAAUUCAUCAGUUCUGCGAUUUAUAUGAACAUGCACGACAUGAUCCGACUGAAUUUGGUGAUGAGGAAUAUCAAGUAUAUACCCGUUUAUUCCUUAAGUUAAUGGACGCGGCUCGUUUAUUAAAAUCAUAUCCAAGCAGUAGGAAAUCUAGUCCAAGUCGCACCCCUAUAAAAAAAAACAUUGAAACGAAACGGAAUAUAUUAGAACCCAAGAUGAAAUUACUGGAAGAUCAAACAUUGACUGGAUCACGUCCGAAUACAUUAACCGUGAUGAUGUUGGAUAAUAGCGAAACAUCUGUUUAGCAUUAUGAAAGUCGUCACAUACAACACAUGUGACGAUAUGUUUAUUCAGAAUUGUCAGUCUUUACAUUACAUGGGAUUGAAAGUAAGUGAAAUACAUUUUCAACUUUUGUUUUAAUGGUAUUUCACAAAUAUGUUGCUCUCUUUAACUUCAUACCUUAAAUUUGCAGUAACGGACAUGUUUUUUGUUCCAACUUGCGGUUAAAUAUCGAUGUCCGUUUUAAUCGAUAAAUAUUUACUCCAUACAUUUUUAUAAUAUGAAUUAUGUCUUAAAGAAAUUAAUGCCCGAUGAAACGUAUAUUUAUAUGUAUCAGAAAUAUGAUUCAUCCUCAUAUAAUUUAACCAUUCCAUCAUCUGAAAGAGGUAUAUUAUAUCUUUAAUAGACUGUUAAUUCUAGAAUAACUAUAUAACUUCUAAUGAAGAAAAAAAAUAUUAAAUUGUUAAAUUAUCAUUCGGACGCUAGUUGGAUCGUUUUGUAUAGAAAUAAAAGUAAUCGUGAAUACCUGUGGAAUUGCAUGUUUCCAAUUCUCUCUAUCGGAAAGAAGUGUUAGAGCUUGAGGAAAUAAUUUUAUUCUGACAUUUUCCGAUUUAAUCACUAGAUCUCGUUUCAUUAAAAUGGAGUCUAUGCCAGACAAGCUUAUCACAGAGAUAAAUAAAACAUUACAAUAGAAUUGUA